UAGGCACUCCUCUGCAGAGGCUGGGCUCAAGGGGAAAAUGGCCGCCAAGCAGCCCCCACCCCUCAUGAAGAAGCACAGCCAGACGGACCUUGUGAGCCGCCUGAAGACCCGGAAGAUUCUCGGCGUGGGCGGGGAGGACGAUGACGGGGAGGUGCACCGCUCCAAGAUCAGCCAGGUCUUGGGCAACGAGACCAAGUUCACUGUUCGGGAGCCUUUGGGGCUCAGGGUUUGGCAGUUUGUUUCUGCUGUGCUCUUCUCCGGCAUUGCUGUCAUGGCCCUUGCCUUCCCUGACCAGCUCUAUGAUGUGGUCUUCGAUGGAGCCGAGGUGACCAGCAAGACCCCCAUCCGCCUCUAUGGUGGUGCCCUCCUCAGCAUCUCCCUGAUCAUGUGGAACGCACUGUACACAGCUGAGAAGAUCAUUAUCCGGUGGACCCUGCUUACAGAAGCCUGCUACUUUGGGGUCCAGUUCUUGGUGGUCACUGCCACACUUGCUGAGACGGGCCUUAUGUCUCUGGGGACCCUGCUGCUCCUGGCCAGCCGCCUCCUUUUUGUUGUUAUCAGCAUUUACUACUAUUACCAGGUCGGCCGAAGACCCAAGAAAGUCUAGCCGCCCCUGGGUCAGGGGACCCUGCCCAUGCCUGGAGCAGGGUGGCUCUCGGGGGCCUCUUUCCUUUUGGAAGGCAAGGGGACCCCUGCCCUGGUCCAGACAGGGAGAGGUGGUGGCCUUCGUUUCCUCCUGGGCACUCACCGGAUGCUGUGUUCUUCUGGGCUUCCAGGUUUGCGAUCCUGGUUUGGGGAGAGAUGGGGGCCUCUGCACCCCCAUUCUUUACUCCCCACAGUGGCACCUCCUUUCAUUGGGUGUUUCAGCCUCCGAAUCCUCUUGACAGACAGACUGAAGUCACAUUCCAGUCAUAGGGGUAGUGGGCUAAGUUGAGGGUCUAGCCUCUUCUUCCAGGAAGUCCUUGCUUUUGAAAGAGUCUAUGGAUCAC